AUGCUGGGUGCCGUUCGCCGAUAUGGCGUCGUCCAGGCUCUCCGAGCAUCUGCUCCCCGUGCUCUUUGCUCCAGGUCAAUCACUCGUCCUCUGAAAUGGCAAAGGCCCUCGCAGACAGUCGUUCCGGGAGUCCUUCGUUUUCUGCAUAAUACGCCCACUCUUUUCAGUUCUGCCGCUACUGCGCAGGCGCAGGCGCAGGCAGAGCUCGCCGAAAAUGAGCUGGAGAUUACCAAAUUUGCAGAAUUGGCAAAGCAAGGGAUAAUUGAUCCCAGUAUUAUAUAUAAUGUUACUAAUAAAAUGAAACUCACGACUAUGACGCCCGUUCAGAGUAUGACUAUUCCCAAGAUCGUGGAGGGGACUGACACCUUGGCUCAAGCAAAGACAGGGACCGGCAAAACCCUUGCCUUUCUCGCUCCUGUUCUACAAAAUGUCAUGAAUGACCCUGUAUUUGGAACAACCAAACGCGUGAAGCCUACCGAUAUUCGUGCGAUCAUCAUUUCCCCUACCCGCGAGCUUGCAGAGCAGAUCAAAGUGGAAGCAGACAAACUCGCCCGAGAUACGGGUGUCGUCGUGCAGUGUGCUGUUGGCGGAACGCGGAAAUGGGAGGGAUUGCAGCGUAUCGUAAAACAAGGCUGCCACGUACUUAUCGGCACUCCGGGGCGUCUCAAGGACAUUCUUUCAGACCCGCGGAGUGGUGUCAAGGCACCCGAAUUGAGGAUGUUUGUUUUGGACGAGGCGGAUCGCCUGCUCGAUGACGGAUUUGCGCCAGAUAUCGACGAGCUCCAGCGUUAUCUUCCCGACCCUUUGAAGGUCGACCGACAGACGCUCAUGUUUUCUGCGACCGUCCCGAAGGGGGUGAUGUCAAUGGUCCGCCGGACUAUGAAGCCGGACUUUCAAACUUUGAAAACAGUCCGCGAUGAUGAGGUUCCCACUCAUCUCACAGUACCGCAGAAGGUCGUCUGGUUGAAUGGGUACGAAAAUGCACUGCCUGCAGUUAUGGAGAUCGCGAAGAACUACAUUUCCAAGCAGAAGCAGGACCGUAGCCUACGGCCAUUUAAAGCCAUUGUCUUUUUCAACUCAACAGCGGAAGUGCGAAUGGCGGCGUCAAUUUUCUCCGACUUCAGAAGGAAACCUCAACCUUUUGGUCCCGCCGUGGGGAUUUUUGAGUUGCACUCGCGAUUCACUCAGAAUUACAGGACACGAAACUCUGAAGCAUUCCGGAAAGCAACCUCCGGUAUUCUUCUUUCAUCAGACGUGAGCGCUCGGGGAAUGGACUUUCCGAAUGUCACCCAUGUCAUUCAGAUUCGUACCCCACGCGACGUAGAUACCUACGUCCAUCGCUUGGGGCGUACCGCUCGUGCGAACAAGACUGGCGAAGGGUGGAUUCUGGUCCACGAGGGAGAGCUCGCCUCAUUCAAGAACAAACUUGAGCACAUCCCGAUUCACGAAGAUACUAGCUCGCUUCAAACGGCUGCGGUAAAAAUGAGCCAUCCAAAUCCGCAAGCAACAGAGUCCGCCUUAGCAACGAUUGAUCAGUUCAGAGAUGCUGUAUCAAAGGUCAACAAUGACAAACUCAAAGAAGAGGCCUACAAGGGAAUGUUCAGUGCGUUGCUUGGGGAUUACAAUGACCGCCAGCAGGCUUUACUUGUUAUGAAGAACAUGGCUGUCCACGGUUAUCAGAUGAACGAGCUUCCUCAGCUAGCGGCGAAUCACGUUCGUGCAAUAGCUAAGUCGAGGCACGGUCUGCCGCAUAGAGACCGAUCCUAUCCACCAAGAGACCGAUCCUACCGUUCCAGAGGAUACGACAACUACCGUUCCCCUAGGACAAACUCGUAUAAGAACUCCUAUAAGACAAACCGGCGCAACGAAGACGAGGAUUACCCACGGCGCUUCUAUGAUUGA